CACCUGACCUACUUCAUAUAUUACAUUCUUCCAAACCCAAAAAAUUUAUAUUUUACCAAAGCCAAAAAAAACCAACUUUGGAUGGCCACCAAAUUCCUUUCACCAAAACUACUCAAACUCAAUCUCCCAUAUUUCCUCCGGCAGCUCAACUCCUCCACCGCCUCCUCCUCCCCUCUCUCCGCCAUUGAAUCCCUAUCCGACCCCACCGCCCUCCAACAAUCACCGCCGUCCACGUCAAUUCUCGACUUAAAUGACCAUCAAAAACUUUUCGCCACCCUCUCCGUGAAAAAACUUAUGCAUGCCUCUCUGAUUCUUCAAAUGGCGGCGUUAGAACCGGUGGUUGAUUUGGGUAUGUGGGUUAUGGAUUCCAAGUUGAUGCAGAUUGACAGUUUUGUACGUGAUGCCGUUUUGAAGAUGAUCAGAGUGAGUUUUUAUGAACAUUUUUGUGGCGGUGAAAAUUCUUUUGAGGCUGGGGAGUGUAUUAAGAAAAUGAAUGAGUCUGGAUUACGAGGUAUGCUUGAUUAUGCUGUUGAAUUUACGAGUGAUGACGAUGCUUGUCAUAGGAAUUUUCUUGGCUUUCAGAAAACUAUUCAAGCUGCUAAAUCUUUGUCUUCAUCUUCUGUGAGCUUUGUGAUAGUAAAGAUGACUGCAAUUUGCAGGCUCAAGCUACUAGAGAGGGUAAGUGAUUUACUAAGGUGGCAACAACGAGACCCGUCUUUCAAUCUUCCAUGGAAACAGAACACAUUGCCGAUUUUCGCUGAUUCUAGCCCUUUAUACCACACUCUCGAAAAACCCGACCCGUUAACCCCACAAGAAGAGCUUGAGCUCCAAAUAGGCCAGCAGAGACUAUUGACAUUAUGUCAAGAUUGUGCCGAUGCCAAUGUCCCAUUGGUAGUAGAUGCAGAGCACACUCCAGUUCAACCCGCAAUUGAUUACUUGACAUAUUCAUCGGCGAUCAUCCACAACAAAGAUGAUAAUGUUGUUGUGUAUAAUACAAUGCAAGCUUACUUGAAGGAUGCCAAAGAGAGAUUGUUACUGGCGACUGAAGCUGCUGAUAAGAUGGGAAUUCCGAUGGGGUUCAAGUUAGUGAGAGGUGCUUAUAUGUCGAGCGAACGGAAAAUAGCAUCUUCUUUAGGGUAUGAAUCUCCUAUUCAUAAUUCUGUUCAGCAAACACAUGAUUGCUACAAUGAUUGCGCAUCUUACUUGCUGGACGCGAUCACCGAUCGCUCUCAUGGACUCGUCAUUGCCACCCACAAUGUCGAAUCAGGGAGAUUGGCAGCGACGAAAGCGCGAGAUUUGGGAAUAAGGAACGGGUAUCAUAAGUUCGAAUUUGCACAGCUUCAUGGAAUGGCAGAAGCACUUUCAUUUGGUUUAAGAAAUGCAGGUUUUCAAGUGAGCAAGUACAUUCCGUACGGGACUCUGGAGACGGUCAUACCGUAUCUGCUGCGAAGGGCUGAAGAGAACAGAGGAAUGUUAUCUGCUUCAAAUCUUGACCGAGAACUCAUGAGGAAGGAGUUGAGCAGAAGACUUAAAGCUGCAAUAUUUUGAAGUGAAGCAUGUAAUUUUGAGCAAGACCAGAUUCUGAAAUUGGCAAUGUUUGUUUAUAAAUAAAUUGUGUUUAGUUGAUGGCUAUCAUAAUCUUUGGGGAUUGCCUAGCUGUAUAUAUUUGGGAAAUAGGUCCCCUGGUACAUUAAUAAUAUAAUAUAUUACCUUUUCUCUUUUGAUAUUUAA